UUUCCCGUUCCCCAUUACACCACCACGACUCCAUUGCACGUCCCACUGUCCACCAAAGGCAACGAAGCACCCAAAAGAAAAUACUGCCAAUCGUUCCAAAGCGCUCGUCUCGAUCGCGUCCCAAAAGCCACCGAGAGCUGCUCGCCACAGCAUGCUGCUAGACUCGGCAUCUGUCUCCACCGUCAUCCUGCUCGCCGCCGCCUCCGGCCUCCUCAUCGCAACCAUGCUCUACCCAUCCUCACUGCUCCGAUGGCUGCAGCGCAAGCGCUACCAAUAUGAAGUCACAUUUUCGCUGUACAUGCUGACGCCGACCGAGAAGUUCAUACUGAACUCCCUCCUCUUCCUCCUACUCUCGCUCUUCAUAAUAGCCGCCUCACUUUACCUCCCCGAACACGUCAUGAUCAUCGCAAACCGCAUGUUCUACUACUUCUCCGGCGAUGAUAGCAACCUCUCAGCCGCCGACGCUGCCGCUGCCGCUCAUUCGAACCCCGCAACCAUGCACACGCAGAUCAUGAACGGACCGGGGAAAGCGUAUAUGGAACCGUAG